AUGGAAAGAGCAAUGUACGAGCCGAGAUUCAUCUCGCGGGAUCAACCUGUUAUGCAACCCGGGGCUAAUACGGAGAGAAUGGCCGGCAAUAAUGUUUUUUUGCGAUCACCAGUCUUGAACUCGUUCGGUGAUCGCGGAGAUGGGGUGGAUCAUAGUGCGGAAGGGGCUGCAUCAGAAGCAUCAACAGUCGGCCGUGCGGAUCAUCUAUCCCACAAUUCUAGCAUCGGCCUUGAUACAUCUAGAGAAUCAGCUCACCUGGCGCCAAUGGACCUCAGCAAGUUAGAUAAGCGGAAAAUGAAAAGGUUUCGACUUACUCAUAAUCAAACCCGAUACCUGAUGAGCGAGUUCGCCAGGCAGGCCCACCCGGAUGCUGCCCAUCGGGAGAGGUUAUCAAGAGAAAUACCGGGACUGAGCCCUCGCCAGGUUCAGGUAUGGUUUCAGAACAGACGAGCCAAAUUAAAACGAAUGAGCAGCGAUGACCGUGAUCGAAUGAUGCGCUCUCGCGCCCUGCCAGAUGAAUUCCCUCUUCUCCAGACCCUGCACUCGUAUGGGUCCUCGAAGUUGACUGAGGCUCAAUCGUCCCCGGUGGAUACAUAUACAGGCAAGCACUCGGAUAUGAAGCCCAUUGGAUACCAAACGAUCCAGAGACAUGUCGCUCCGGAUGUCGCAGCCGGUAGUACUCCCCAUAACCCGGCAUAUACCCCUCUUCCUUUUAGCCCACCGCGUCCUAUGGUCGGACUUCCAUCCCCUGUUUCCGGUGCAAGUGGCGAAAGGUCCUCUUUUCCAUUUCUAUCUACCCCGGUCGGACCGAAGCAAACUCGAGGGAACCCAUUCUCGUCGCCUCCCGGCCGCGAAGGUUUUAGAACCCAGCACCAGCACAUUCCUCAACAAGCCAGUGUCCCAAGGACCUUUUCAGACCUGGCCAGUCUCUCAGAGGGUCAAUCACAGACAUAUUCCCCCCCAGCUUUAAGCUCUGAAGGGUUUACCCAUGAAUCGAAGGGAUUUUUCUUACACAACCAGACUGAUGGGUUUCCGCGUAAUUCGUCAAAUGGCCAAGUAAACCAGGCUUCCUAUAUUACGAGCACCUCAGUUUCGACCUCACAGCCGUAUCCAUCUCCCCACAAACCAGAUUUCAGCCCUCCUCUGAAUCUCAUCCCCUAUAAAUACCAAAUGCCAAUGACACCACAUACAGCUGGUACAUCUUCAUUCUCCGAGCAAGCGCUUCAAGCUUCACCAGAAAUGAUGAAUUUGCCGCAACAAUUAAGCGCCCCACCCGAAGCCACAACCUUUAGCACAUCAUACCUAACAUCGGCUACUUCCAAUCCAUCUUACUCGCCUCACACUGCAUUUUUAAGUCCAAAGUCACCUAGUUCAAAGGCAACAUCGUUUGGUCGCUGGUACGGCCACAGGUCGAGAAGGUCAUGCUCGCACCCGCCUGACUUGGUACAUGCUCCAACGGCUACAGUAUCAUGA